CACAGUUGGUCCGAGCUGCUGAAAGGUCUGGUCGCAGAGGCAGGAACGCAGCAUCCUCAGCGUGCUCCAACCCGGCUGCGUCCUCCUGCGCUCGGCCGGGCAGCGAGCCUCCGGACGAGAGCGAGCCCCUCAGCUUCUCGGAGAAGCCUGAUGAAGUCCUCCGAUAUCGAUCAGGAUUUGUUCACAGACAGUUACUGCAAGGUGUGCAGUGCACAGCUGAUAUCCGAAUCCCAGCGGGUGGCCCAUUAUGAGGACCCAGAGGAGACCUUGGCGUUCUCGGACUCAGGCGCAAAGCCGUGGGACCCGCUGCGCAGUGGGAUGGAAUGCACUCUUCUCGGCAUAAGGGCUAUGCCAGGCUCCAGGCUUUUGGUCUGGGUUCCAGAGGCCAGCAGUGAGGCGUUCAGACUGUGGUCAGUCUCCAAGAGUCGAAAACAUGCAAGCAAAGUCCGGCUUUAUUACAUGCUUCACCCCAGGGAUGGGGGGUGCCCUGCCAAGAGGCUCCGGGCAGAAAAUGGAGGUGAUGCUGACACAGUGGAUAAGAAUAAAUGCUGUACUCUCUGUAACAUGUCCUUCACCUCUGCCGUGGUGGCCGACUCCCAUUACCAAGGCAAAAUCCAUGCCAAAAGGUUAAAACUGUUGCUAGGAGAGAAACCUCCAUUGAAAACCACAGCCACGCCACUGAGUUCACUCAAGGCCCCGCGGGUGGACACGGCUCCUGUGGUCUCAUCUCCCUAUCAAAGGAGAGACUCGGACAGAUACUGUGGCCUCUGUGCAGCCUGGUUUAAUAAUCCUCUGAUGGCCCAGCAGCAUUACGAUGGCAAAAAGCACAAGAAGAACGCAGCACGGGUUGCCUUGCUAGAGCAGCUGGGAACAUCGCUGGAUCUGGGGGAGCUGAGAGGUCUGAGGCGCACUUACCGAUGUACCAUCUGCAGUGUGUCGCUCAACUCCAUAGAACAGUACCAUGCCCACCUGCAGGGAUCAAAACAUCAGACCAAGUAGCCUGAAGAAUAAGUAGUGAAUGCAUCAGUCAAGAGCUGAGAAGAGAUGCCGGCAUUUCUCUGUGGCAGAGAACUGCUCACCAACCACAAGAGGACCCUUUCUCGAGCAAUGAACACUUCUUUCAAGGAUGCACAGAUUAACACAUGACCCAUCUUGAUUUUUGGAA